AUGCGACUUUUAAUAGUGUGCACAUUGCGUAAUGAGGCAUUCACUCUGGCUCUGGGUCUCCUGUUGGCUCUGUCGGACCCACCGGCUCUGCAACCCUUAGCGGUUCCGGCGCUCAAUCUGGCUCUGUUAGCCCCACGGGCUCUGGUGCCCACUCCGGCUCUUGAUUGCCUGGCGGCUCUGUUGGAUCCACCGGCUCUGGUAUUCACUCUGGUUCUGGAUCGCCUGGCGGCUCUGUUGAACCUACCGGCUCUGGUAUUCACUCCGACUCCGGAUCUCCUGGCGGUCUCAGAGCCUGAGACUGUGACUGUGCCCAGUGAUACUGAGACCUCUACCAACGUUCCUGUACCAACCCCCCGGAUUUCGGGUGCUGAGACUGUCCCCGCUCCCAGCUUCAAGACUUCAAGCACUGAGGCUAUUCCCAGCCCUGCAGCUUCUGGUACUGAGACCGUGGCCGGUCCUGCCUUCUCUGAGGUUGCCUCCGGUCUUGUCACUUCAAGCACUAAGGAUGUCUCCGGUCCUGUUGCUUCUAGCACUGAAGCUGUAUCAGUUCCUGCUGCUUCUAGCACUAUGGCUGUUUCCAUUUCUACCGCUUCUAGCACUAUGGUUACCUCUUCUAGCGCUGAGAUUGCCUCUGGUCCUGCCACUUCCAGUACUAUUCCUCCCGCCAUAAGGGGUCCUAUUAAGGGCAUUUCAGUUGCUGCCAUCGCUACCGCAGUUGUCGUUGGCUUUGCUUGA